AAUCAUAGUGACUCUGAGGACUGUCAACUUCUCCUAGGGCAGAUUACCCCCCAGUGCGCCAAACGCCAUAGCUCACUCGUUUAGCUACGGAAUCGAGUGAUUCAACUUUCAGUGGAAAGCUGACACUGCCAGCUACAACAUAUCCGAUUUUCAGAUCGUUUCACCGAUUGGAGUUUUUGAUAUAGCUAUUCGAAGGUCGCGAGUUUUCUGGGCGUCAUAACGAAGUGCUGCAGAAAUUUCCAAGGAGCCAUUGAAUCAUCUGCUUAUAGCCUUCUCUAACCAACAAGUGGUAUCAGAGCCUAUUAUCACGCAUUUGGGACCUAAAAUACGAUGGGAGAUAAAGAGGACUCUGGUGGAGGUGAUACUUCAGUCCAAGGAGGCAGCUCAACCCAAGAUUCUGGCAUUGCAGCGCAAAGGGGAGCGCGUACAAGCCAGGGGUCACUGCUUAAGGAGGUGCUGAAGAACUUCACCAUUGAGAAGUUCUCUGGAGAUGGCUAUGAUGAUUGGGCAUGGAAGAUGCAGCUCUACUUUCGACAAAUUGGCCUCUUGAAGCUCAUGAUUGGAACGGAGCCAAGGCCAAAGGAAAUGGCAGAGCAAGCGGACUGGGAUGAACGUUCAUCUGCUGGGUACUAUCUACUGUCACAAAGCUUGGAGCUGAACCAGAGGCAUCACAUCAUGCAUCUGCUACCGGAAAUUGAUUGUGGGCCCAAGGCAUGGGCAGUGCUCAAGGACCUGCACGCUCCGACAUCGGUUGCCGCUUCUCUCAUGCUGGAUCGGGAGCUGUCCAUGCUGCGGUUGAGCGAGAAUGAAGCUGUGCAGCCCGUACUGGACAAGAUGAGGGAACUCUACGCGAAAUUGGCGAUUGCAGGCAUCACGUACCCAGAGCAGACAAAGUGUCUCAAGAUGCUCAGCCUGCUGCCGGAGUCUUGGCUGCAAUUUAUAAGCGGACUCAGCUUGCCACAAAACCAAAGUCAAUGGACAUUGGAGUGGAUUCGCACCAAGAUUCUGGAAGAAGAUUUUCGUCGCUAUACACUGCGCGGAGGUGAUGACAGCACCAGCGGCUAUGCCAUGCAAGGGACAUGGAGGGAUCGAGGGCGUGGCAAUCGCGGUCGCUCUUACCACAGCCAAGGUGGUCGCGGGACUUGGAACCAGCGGGGGCGUGGUGGCGCUGGUGCAAGAGGAAGAGGUGGUCACUCCAACAAUGACAACAGUGAACCACGCUUGAGGGGAGAGUGCUGGUAUUGCAAGGAAGAAGGGCAUCCAUGGUUUCGCUGCCCUACCAAGCCCGACUGGUGGACCCCUUGGAACCAAUCGGAGAAGGGGAAUGGAGGAAAACAACCACAUGGAGGUGCCAACAUGGUAGCUGAUCCUGCUGAAGAAACCUCCAAGGAUGACAGAGGAAUGCGAAAUGAGGAGAGGAAUGCUGGACAGUUCUACCAUGUGUGUGACAAAGAUGACAGUGGCACAGCUGUUGCAAGGGCUGGAGAGGAAUUGCACCCGCUUGACAUGUGGGUCAUGGACUCUGGUGCUGCAUGGACAAUGACACCACGCAAGGACUUGCUGGAUGCUGUGCGAGCGCCUCCAAUCUCUGAAGUGCGCUCAGCAUCCGGACAUGCAGUGAAGGUCGCUGGAGUUGGUCGAGCUGCAUUCAGAGCACCUGAUGGUGGACUGGUUGUGCUGAAGGAUGUGUUACUCGUACCGGGGCUGAAGGCCAACCUGAUAUCGCUGCGCAAGCUAGGCCAGGCCGGAGUCAGCACCACCACCAAUGGAUCCAAAACAUUCAAGGGGCUGCGAGGAGAUCGUGUGUUAUGGGAUUUACACGAAAGCAGAGAUGUCUUCAGAUCCAUGUGGCAGAUCCCUGCACUGAUAUGGGAAUCAACAAAGAAGGAGUUGGGAGAAGUAAAGGCGGGUUCUGGAGUCCAGGGGGAGUGUAAUGCAGUUAGUGCUGCAGGAGUGACGGUUUCUGCAAGGUCGGGGGAGACUGAUUGGGAAACCGCACACAGGCGUCUAGGGCAUGUGGCUAUGCCAUUGCUGCAGCAACUGCAUAAGGAAGAAGCAGUAAAGGGGCUCAAGCUUUCUGGGCAACCAAAUGCUACCAAGUGCGAGACGUGUCUGCUGAGCAAGUUCACACGGUUCCCCUUUCACGGCGUAGCUGGGAAAAGCAAGGCAGCACUGGAACUGGUGCACAUGGACCUCGUAGGACCUUUUCCAGUCCGAGGAAGUAAGGGGGAAAGGUACUUCCUGACAAUAGUUGAUGACUGGAGUCGGCUGAUGUGGGCAUACCCGUUGAAGCAGAAGGAUCAUGCUGCCUCAACAAUACGAGAUGAUUGGCUGCCGUUCGUCGAGCGACAAUCUGGGCACCCAUGCAAGAGCAUCAGAACCGACCGAGGUGGAGAGUUUCUAGGAGGAGAUCUGACUGCGUGGCUCAAGAAACAAGGCAUUGAGCAUCAGCUAACGACGUCCUAUACCCCUCAGUCAAAUGGCGUUGCUGAGAGGGCUAAUAGGACCAUCCUGGAAACUGCGCGAGCGCUGCUGAUCGAAUCAGGGCUGGGGAACUCCAUGUGGCCUCAUGCGGUGAGGCAUGCUACAGUGGCAAGGAACCGCGUACUCACAAAGGUGGCUGAUGAUAUGUGGGUGCCGCUGGAGAGGUGGCUUGGAAAGAAGCCUCCAGUGGACAUGCUUCGGUGUUCGGAUGCAUGGCAGUGGCGCAUGUCCCUAACCGUACAGGACAAAGCUUGGAGCAUCUGCACUUUGGUGGUGUGCACCUUGGCUUGCGGCAGAGAGCAAGGGGUGGCUACUCUGGGAGCCCUCAAAGAAUGUGCUGUUUGAUAGUCGGGAUGUCAAAUUUGUGGAGA